CCCCCGCGCGCGGCCGGGCCUUGCCCCCCAUGGUCUCCCGGCCUGAACCGGAGGGCGAGACCAUGGAGGCCGAGCUGGCGGUGGCACCGUCGGGCUGCUCGCACCUGGGCAGCUUCAAGGUGGACAACUGGAAGCAGAACCUGCGGGCCAUCUACCAGUGCUUCGUGUGGAGCGGCACGGCCGAGGCCCGCAAGCGCAAGGCAAAGUCCUGCGUCUGCCAUGUCUGUGGUGUCCACCUGAGCCGGCUUCACUCUUGCCUGUAUUGCGUCUUCUUUGGCUGUUUCACAAAGAAACACAUACAUGAACAUGCAAAAUCCAAGCGGCACAACCUGGCCAUCGAUCUGACAUAUGGAGGUAUAUACUGCUUCUUGUGUCAGGACUACAUCUAUGACAAAGACAUGGAAAUAAUUGCCAAAGAGGAACAGCGGAAGGCUUGGAAGAUGCAAGGCGCUGGAGAGAAGUUUUCAACUUGGGAACCAACCAAACGGGAGCUGGAACUGCUGAAACACAACCCCAAGAGGAGGAAGAUAACCUCCAACUGCACCAUAGGCCUGCGUGGGUUGAUCAACCUGGGGAACACGUGCUUCAUGAACUGCAUUGUGCAGGCUCUGACCCACACACCACUCUUGCGAGACUUCUUUCUGUCAGACAGACACCGUUGUGAGAUGCAGAGCCCCAGCUCCUGCCUGGUCUGUGAGAUGUCCUCACUCUUCCAAGAGUUUUACUCGGGGCACCGGUCCCCUCACAUUCCAUAUAAGCUGCUGCACUUGGUGUGGACCCAUGCACGGCACCUGGCGGGUUAUGAGCAGCAGGAUGCACAUGAGUUCCUCAUCGCAGCCCUGGACGUCCUACACCGACACUGUAAAGGGGAUGACAACGGAAAGAAGGCCAACAACCCCAACCACUGCAACUGCAUCAUUGAUCAGAUCUUCACCGGUGGGCUGCAGUCUGAUGUCACCUGCCAAGUCUGCCAUGGAGUCUCCACCACCAUUGAUCCCUUCUGGGACAUCAGUUUAGACCUGCCAGGUUCUUCUACCCCGUUCUGGCCUCUAAGCCCGGGGAGUGAGAGCAGUGUGGUGAAUGGGGAGAGCCACGCAUCUGGUACUACGACGCUCACAGACUGCCUGCGGAGAUUUACCUGCAAAGAGAGCAGAAUGAACGGGCAGUACCAGCAGCCCACAGACAGUCUCAACAACGAUAACAAGUAUUCCUUGUUUGCUGUAGUUAACCAUCAAGGGACCUUGGAGAGUGGCCACUACACCAGCUUCAUCCGACAGCACAAAGACCAAUGGUUCAAAUGUGACGACGCCAUCAUCACCAAGGCCAGCAUCAAGGAUGUGCUGGACAGCGAAGGGUACCUGCUGUUCUACCACAAACAGUUCCUGGAAUACGAGUAGCCACCUCUGCUGGUUAGAAAAAGGAGGAGGAUGAGUUGACAAACCUCCCAAGAUGACCCCCUCUUCCCCUGACCACAUGACACCUCGACACCCCUCCUGUUCAGACAUGCCACGUGCAUGUCUGUACACUGGAGUUGUGGUGUCGGGGUGGACACACUGUGGAGCAGAACUGCUGUGUGCCCUGGGUGUAAAGGAGUUGAGGAGCUCUGUGGUAGUAUCUCUUGUCUCCAAAGCGUGUGGGAGAUGGAGAUGUUAUCCUAAGUGCAGAGCAGCCUCUGCCUGGUGCUUCAUUCAGUAGUCCCAUGCAUGCGGUUUGAAAAGGCCCCUGCCAAAUGGAAAUUAUGGGUCCAUUAAAGCUGUAAAGCAAACACAGGUGGAUGUGCAAAGUCA